GAUACAAACUGCUAUGAUAGUGCUCUUGAAACGCAGCUCGGCUAAUCAAAUUCGUGGACUGAAGCUAACUGUUGUAUAAUUCAGUUGUACUUUUCACUCAAAUUAGACAUUAGUUUAGAUAUUUGCGAUACAUAAUGCGCCUUAGCUUAAUGUGCUACUGCAAAGAACCAUUUGAGUCAGUAGAUGCCCGCCACACGUGAGAUCGGAUCUGCAGUGGAGAGUUCCUCAGAGCAUCGUUAUGUUUCCUGAAUCAGUUGCAUCAUUGCCCUGGUACUGAAGGAGGCUCUUCCUGCUGUCCUGCUGUCUGUCAUCGCGAUGAUGAUGCUGUUCAGUAGACGCAGGACACACGAACACGUCGGGAUCACUUUAAUCGAUCGUGACAUUGUCGGAUAAAGCAAUUGUACUUUAGCUAAGAUUAUGAAGGAUUGAAAUUUCGUCGUUCUCGCGAAAGCUCUGCCGUUACUCUGGGGCAGAUCCGUGUUUCCUUCUCCCUUUCAGAUGUGCAUUGAUCUUCUUUAAAGAUGUCGUCAUCCUGUAUGUUCAAGGGUCGGUUCGUUGAAGGGCAGAGAUGUGGAAGUGAAGGAGCACGUUCAUUCUUUUCAUUAUAACGCCUCAGCUGUUGGAUACUAAUAUAAGCCGCGCUAAUGGAAAAUACGGGAUCACCGGUGGUCUCCCUGGAGCGGCAGGUGGAGAGUGUGGAGAGGAGCAUUGUCUUCCUUAGACAGGAGCAGCUGUCUCUGCUGCAUGGACUACACCUGGAGAUCCUGACCCUCCAGAAACGCUGUACAGAACUCACACAAGAACUCAACAUGAAGCCCCCAGGCAGGAGUCAAGCAGAUGUGCAGGAGGAAGAGCAGCAGCUGGAAGCCCGUUGUCGGGAAGUGGAGGAGCAUCUGCAGGAGCAGCAGCAGGUCCAGAGUGAUCUGAGAUGGGAGCUGAGCCAGAAGUCAGUGCUGGUGGGCGCUCUCCGUGCCAGUCUGAAGGAGAAAGAGCGCCGUUUCCUGGAGGAAUUAAAACACCGCAGCCACAGAACCACUGCGCUCAACACCGAACUGCAGAAGCAGACAGAGGUGGCUGCAUACCUGUCUUUCCAGCUGCAUUCAGCAAAGCAGAAACUCCAGCAGCAGAAGCAGCAGCAGCAGCAGCAGCGAAGGAGGCCGGCCCAGCUCAGCACGGACAAGCCCCCCAUCCACCCUUCACCUCAGGCCAGCGCCAGCAGCCCAACAGUGAUUAAACCUAAGCGGCGGAGCUCGAGCCGGCCCUCCUCGCACCUCCGCACAGAGCGCGCCAGGGAGUGCGUGCCGCGUGAGAGGGUGACGGGCCCAGAGGAGCCCAUGGCCAUGCCUGACCCCGCCCUCUUCCUAUACCCCUACAGACACAGAUCCCGGCCCCGCCCACCACACAGACACGCCCUGCAGGAGGCAGAUGGGGAGGAGUCAGAGGAGCUGGAUCAGGGAGCUUCAGUAAGCAGACUGGCAACGACUGUAGCUAAAGCCACUGCGACCACGGCAUCCACUACAGAGAACAACGCUGAAUGAGUGUUUCUUUUACGGUUCACCUCAACGACCUACUUGUUUUUAUGAUAUUUUCCCCUAAAUUGCUGAAUUGCACCUUGAGCCCCUUGGGAGAACUUUUGCAUUAUGACAGAAAUGUUUAUAUUUGCAAUACUGCUAGCUUUUUUUUCCUACAGUUUGCACAUGCAGUGAUGAAUAGACAGAGGAGAGAUUCUUGCUUACGCUCUUGUUAAACCAAAAUUGAUUAUGUUUAUGUUGCUGUAAAGCAUUUUUGUAAUCAAAAAUGACCCCGAGGUCCUCAAUACUGUUUCAUGCAUCCUGCAUCUGCGGCGUGUAGUUUUUUUUUUUUUCACUGGCAAUAUUAAGAGUUUACAGCAUUCACACUGACAUUUAUGCCACCCACACAUUAUAUUGCUGUUUUAUUCACAAUACAUUACAGGUCAAAAAAUAAAUAAAUAAAAUAAAAAUUAUCAUUGACACAGAUGAAUCAGUCACAAUAAGAUCUAUAACAUGCAUUUACAAACUAAAAAAAGAUGAAUUUUCAUUUCAUGUCGUCAAUGAACGCGUAUUUAUUUAAAAAUUCAAGCAUAGCCAUCGUCAUUCACGUGAAGGAGCACUGAUUUGCCUCUGAUUUCGUCAACGAUUUCAAUUAACUGUCGGCGAGUGUAAAAUAAGGAAUUAAAUCGUGUAGGCUAGUGGAAGCAGCAUUAUACACUUAAUAUAUUGGCUGCAUCCGAAAACUUAGGCAGCUGACUCGUUGCCUCGCUGCCUUAUCAGGCAGUGACUUGUAAGGCAGCGUUUGUGCAUUAAGGCACCUCACAAAACUGAUUUCGGACAGACUUCUGAGGCAGUGUAAUAGUUUAAUAAUCUACAGCAAAAUAGCUCGAGCUUUGUUGAGAACUAAACAAAUAUUUAAUUACUACAGUAGUAAUUUCUCGAUAGAAAUGACAUCAAAAGUGGAAAAUGUUGGUCAAAAACGUACAUUAACUGACCAGCAAACGCAUCUUUAUUUUUCUAGCAGUUUUUCUAGCAGCCAUUGUUAUGCCCUGUGUGAUCACAUCAGGAUUGAAUCGCCUGUGAUCACUGACUGUGAAAACCCAUUUGGAGGUGGUCUGGGAUAGAUUCUUAUUAUAUUUAACGAAAGUAUAAAUGCACAUGUGUUGUCAUUAAGCAUCGUCAUUAGGCGCAAGAAAGGAAAAGCAAUAAACAACUGAACUCAUUUUGAAUGAUCCGUCGAUGUUUUAAAAAUAACGGAUGGAAUUUUUUUUGUUAACGUAGGCCUACUCUAUUAUCUAAUAGCCUAAUAAAGUGGCGAUUUGCAUUUUGCCCAUGUAAGUGCGAUCGGAACUUCAAUCACAAUGGAGUGGAGACACAUUUGAAUGAAGGUGUAAAUGCAAUCCACUUCAUAUCCGGAUACGAAACGCCUGUUCAUGCCAGAUGAGGGGGUCACACGGCACAAAACACGUUUCAAAUGCAGGAUAAAUCUGUUUAUAGCACGAAUAUUUUCUAUAUGUCGAAUGUCACAGGACCAAACCGGAAAACUGGUCUCAUUGCAUCCGCUUGUCAGAGAAAGUGUUAACAGCAGUAUGAACUGACGGCAUAUCUAUGGACUUUUAAGGUAAUCAGCGAAACUACCUAGUCACAUUGUUAUAUGUGUUUUAUUAUAUUAAAUAUCUAAACGUUAGUGUUAAGAAGAAAAAUGAAAAAAGCUUUUAAAUAUCAAUCUGCAUAUGCGGGGGACAUCAGUUAUGCCAAAGUCCCUUUCAAGGAAAGUGUCUUCACUCGGCAGCCAUAUUUGCAACGCCUCCGGGCAGCUAUUUCGGGCAUCCAAGUCCUAUCUAUUUGAAUGGGGCAUCCUGAAAUCUCAAAAACUGCUUAGCGAACUCCCAAUUAAAUUACAUAUUUCAAAUUAGCAACAAAAUCUGACACGAACCGUCCCAUAAAUGUUGUUUCUAAUGCUAAAGUAGCAUUAAAAAAGCUUUGACGAGACGAGCCAAUGCGCAUGUGCAGUCCUAUGGGAACCGGAGUCUCUAACAGCAGCUACAGUGACGCAAUGACUUUAUCAAUCAUCGAUUGGCUCUUUUACUUAGAAGGCGGGACGUAUUCCGCCAUAUUGCGCGUUGCAGUUUCUCCCAUAGAGUACCUCAGGGAUGACGUGUUUUUGUAGGCCAACCUGGAAGUUAGCGGCGCACGGGUUCCCUCGAUCGAAAGCCUAUGCAUUUUUCCCAUAGACUUUUGGAAAAUCGCAAAAAAUUAGCUCUGUGUUUAACAAAGGGUUAUGACACUUAAACGUUUUGUCUAUCAAGAUAACCUUUACAAGUUAUUUACAAGUUAACACAACAUUAAUACGUUUUGAAGGCUAAAUAAAGUCGUCAGAUAUAAAAAGCUAACAGUAGGCUAUAAACGGACUACAGCACACCAUGGUUGCGGAUCAACGUCACCACCAGCAUGCUUCCUCAAACUUUAUUUAGAAAACAACUUUAUUUAAAAACAUGCUCGCUGAUUAUGAUCUGCGCUGUGUAUGAAUACUUACCCACUUUUUCAUGAGAAAUGCUGUCCAAAUGUCCUGUUUGUCAUGAUGACACUAAAGUCCCCGCCAAAGGAAGUAGUCCCUUUUAGCAUUCUGUUAACAACCGCCGUUUUUAAGACACAAUAAAGGUUUAAAAAAAAAAAAUCACAAGCGGGUUAUAACUGGUGUGUUUUAUGUCAUAGAUCAAAACGUGAAAAUAUUUAGAGGCUUUGUUAACCACAGACCUUAUUUCAGGCGAUUUAGCAAAAACCCAUUCAAAAAACCCAUUGACUUUAUGGCGAUGGAACCGGAAGUCCUAAAAUGCUAACUCGCUUCCGGGUUUUGCCUUCAAAAACACGUCAUCCCUGAGGUACUCUAUUCAUAACUAUUAGGAGUGAAUAGUCUUUCUAUAUCUGUAGUCUUUGGUUAUGCUCAUCUUUUAAAUUAUCUUGAAUAAAACAGCUAAUUUUUUCACAAAGCACAUACAAAAGACGUAAACCGGAAGCGAUCUGAUCUGUUUUACAGAAUACGGAAGUUAGAUUGCGCAAAACCCAAGAUGUUUGGAUACAUGUACACAUGCAGUCCCCUCUUCAUUUAAAUUAAUAGGCUAAUUCUCAAUUGCACAAUAGAACUCACAAUUUUAAUGUUAUUAGAUAAGAAAUAUGCAAUGUUGUAACUAAUUAAUUCCUUUCUUUUUCUGUAUAGACCUACUGAAACACUGUCAGUGUGAAAGCAUAACCCCUGCUGUUUACUCACUGCAGACGCAUGAUGUGUGAAACAGACUAAGACAGUGUCCUUGUGAACCUGUUACUGCUGCUGAGUUAUUGUUCAACUGGGUUUUUUUCAAUCUAUGUGCCCUUGUGGAAUAUCUCAUCUCAGAUAUUUCUGAAUGAUCAGGUUGUCUGGUGUCACCACAAGUGCACUCUCUCACCCCUCCUGAUGCAAUGGGGAUUUUAUCCCCUAUUGGUUCAUUUAGAGUAAACCUGUGUGAAUGAGAUCUGUAGGCUGUACAGCCUGAAUCAUUUGCUUAAGUGCUUUAUCUGGUGUAUAGUGUGUUUAUGUGUGGGCUUGUUGAUUAGAAGAGAGUGGGCUCAAGGGUCAAGGGCCAUUGUUUUGCCAUCAUUAAAUGAGCCAGUGAUGCCCAAAGGACUGAUUAGUUUUAUGCUGCUUAUGCUGUAAUAUUUUAGUCUGAUGUUGCAGAUAACAUGUUUGCAUAUGUUUCAUUAGAAUCACAAUCCUGUUUUAUAAUUCUGCGAGGUCAGGUAUAUGUGCAUAUACCGAGCUUUGGUGAUAUGAUGAUUAAUAGCAAUGUGAUACAUAUUGCAAACAUAUUAAAUGUUUGUAUCACACAAUAGCUUGUAAAAGAUUAGAAUAAGUGUGGUACAAAUUGAAACUUAACUCCUGCACUUAGAUGUAUAACUAAGAGAGGGUUAAUUCAUGGAAAUGGAUUGAAUGGGGGUGACGACAACAUCACCUUUCUUGACAAUUAACAGACACUAAUAAUUUUAAUAAUGAGUAGGCUAUACCAUAGUGUCACAGUCCACGACGACGACCGUAAUUUUGCAGAAACAUGAAAGUAAAGGUGAUUUAGUACCACCUAUUUGCAAACUGAGCUUUUCUAAAGAUAUUUACAAUUGUAUAUGUGAUAUUUCUCUUUAUUAGAUCAGAAUGGUAAUUUUGCUUGUAAUAUUGAAUAUAAGUUUGUUAAAAAUCCAAAUAUGAAAAGCAGUUCUAAUAGGGAUUGUAUCUGAAUGCAUAAAAAGUUUUCCUUUCAGCUUAAAAUUGUGUCUAAUUUGACACAGCCCUAACAAAAGUGAUAUUUGCUUCACUCAGGGUCUGAAACCUUAUUUUGUAAAUGUAUACGCAGAUACGCCUGACUAUUUAAAAGGCCUAUAACCAGUUUUUGUAUUGUAUCAGUGCAGCGAUAGGAACGAUUUAGGACAUUAGGUUGAUUUAGACUGUGUGAUACAUGAUAUAAUCACAAUUAGUUAAUUAAUACAUUUUGUUUUUCAUUUAAUGUUUCAUCUUGAAAACAUACUUGCUUAUGAAAUGAUUGUCUAAUUGAUUUCUUAGUUCUUUAUAAUGCCAUUGUGAUGUUAAAAAGAGAAGCAAUACUGCCUCACAUGAUGACUUCUAUAUAAUCAUAUUUACAACAUACAUAUUUGAAAAUUGUGUUGAAUUGGAAACAGUAAUCCAUACAGAUACAGUACAUGCAAUAUCUGAUUUUUCUGAUGUUAUUUUGUUGUCCCCAUUUCCAUGUGGUUAACAUUGUGCUUACCAAGGGUUUUAUGGUGAUUUUAUUUGGCUUUUUUCUGUCCUUAAGUGUGGAAUAACCUGUCUUCCCUUUAACAGUCUGACUGUUAUAUGGUAAAGGUCUUUAAACUUCUUUUUCCUUUGUUGUUUUUAGAAUGACAGUGAAAUGACAUGGAAAGAAGUGAUUAGAACCAAAUUUCAUGGGAAACUGCAACAAUGUAACACACUGUAUUUGUAUGUUUGGCCAAUUCCAGACAUCAGUGUCCUGUUUCACAAACAUUUGGACGACCCAACAUUGUGCAACAAUAAUGUGUCGCAAUAAAUAAUCCACUGUU